ACUAAUUAGUUAUCAGCUGCCUGAUAGCGAACUUCCUACCGCCGUCCUAAUAACCUCAUCCGGAAAUCUGCUGCCACCAUUCGCCACAAAUCAGCUUCAUUAGUGGCUUGACUCCGGUGGCAGAAGCGAAACGUGGGGGAACCCGUGUGUAUUGGUAAUCGCGUCCUGGUUCUCUCCUUGCUGGGUGCGUUUGGUGAGCUGGAUCGCCACCAGGUUUAUUCAGACGCCUGACGGUAUCUGCCAUCCUGGGAGUUCUGAGGGUGACUGUGUGUCCAGCCUGUGUUGCCGCCUUCCGAGUCCAUGGCCUGGAAUAGUGCCUGACCUCGUGACUCAUCCUUCUCGUGCUGUCAACUGAACGAACCAGCUAUGGGACAGACUUCUUCGACGCAACGAGAAUCCCGUCGAAACAGCUCUCUGCAAUUUUCUUUGCCGACAGCGUCGUCACGCAAUGGACAUGAACGCGUUGUGAGCAACAAUAUGUCGGGACAGUCUGGAACGCGCCACAUUCGUCCCAUCGGGGAGGACGACACGAUGAAUGAGAACAGCAUAGAGGGAUCGGACCCGCAGCAGACUGGAUGGCCAUCAGCCGGUAUGUCGACGGCUGAUCAUGCAGGAUCGGAACAGGAGAUAAACUACGAGCGAGAUACGAGACCGUUGGGAGAGGAGGAUCGCAGAGAGAGUCGGGCCGCGUCCCUCGCCCGCUUGGCUGCGAGGAGACAGUCGACCAUGUCAAGGCUUGGAUCGAGAUUUCUUCCCAACUCCGUCAUACGAGGCCUGCUCAAUAGUGAAGAAGAAACGCCUGCAGAAGGGCGUGCGCAUCGCAACGGCCUUGUAUCGAGGUCAAGCCCGAGAGUAGAAACGGCUCACAGUACCGGUCGGUUCACUCCCUUCAGCUCCCUCAGCUCGAGAGGUAUCACCAGACGACGCUCCAUCCGUGGGCCAUAUGCCCUUUCCCGUGCCGAUGCAGCUCUCCUACCCGACUCGCCUCCGAACCCAGCCUACUUUGACUCGUCUGCUGAACAGACACCAGAAUCCAGUCGCACGUCGUGGCGUCGAAGCGCCCGAUUAAGCCGCGUUCGAAACUCCAUAUCUGCUCCGAUAUCUCAGAUAUUUGGCCAACAAUCUCCCCCGCUCUCUAGCCAGCCGCCUAGUACACCGCCGCGGCGACCCUCACGCUCUGCAUUAACCGACGACGCAGAUCAUCUUCUCCCUCCCCUGGGAGCUAUGGAUACCCGGAUGAGUUUCGAUGAGCCACCCCAUGAGCUCGACUCAGUUGAGCCCUCUGUCAGGAACCCACUUCCUCUCUCUCCAACCUCUUCGUCGCGGCCUUCUCAAGGAAUGACUGGAAUUCGCCGCUUCCCUGGUGUUCUGCGAGCCCGUUCCUCACGGAUGUUACGGCGCGAGGAACAGACCCCUCUGUCGAGAGUUCUGCAGCUGGCCGCCGCUGCUAUUGCGGCUCAACUAUCUGGAACAGCUGGCCCGGUGUUACCAAACGUGCAGUCUCUGGGCAAUGAUGGUUUGGACGGAUCACUCGAGAACUUUAUACAGAGCUUACAGAAUGCGACAUCUGCGCAGACAAAUCCGUCAGGGCCGGAGGGAGCGUCAGACCAAGCUAGUGAUGGGAGUUUGCCUCCAGUCAACUUUCUCAGAGUAUUCCGUUUUGUCAAUCCGGAAACGUCAGGGAAUUCUGGAUCUGCUGGCGAAACCCCUUCUGAGCGUACCGAUCGCAUGGACAUGGAUGAGCCAGCUCCCGAAGGUUCCGAUGGACGGACUGUGACACUGGUGGUCGUGGGAGUAAGGUCAGUUCCCUCAAGCAAUAACAUCGGAGGUGAUCAACAACAACAACAAAACACCACCGGUCCGGGCUUAGAUACAUUGCUUGGUCUACCACUUCUUCCUCCGAGCGACCUAUUGCGAAAUCAAAACGGCGGUCGCGAUCUUCUUCGACGUGCUGAUGCGCGGUCCAGGUUCUCACCCCAUCGCCAUUUGAUGGGAAGCGCAAACCCGGUGCCUGUGAAUAACGAUAGUCAGCGUCACAGAUCUGAUGCGUCCCGUAGGCCAUCUGAUGUGGGACCCUCCGCCAACCUGUCAUCAUCUCUGCCUACUGUCCUGUCUGAAAGUCCUCCUGGACCUCACCCACCGCCAUCGACUCCCGCCGGCCUGUCUGCUGUCUCCUCAGGGACUUCGACCCCCAGUCGACGUCCCUCUUCUGCAUCUGCCAUGUCUCCUUAUGUCGCAUCUCAAAGUCAGGGGAGUCCGGCUACCCAGCCUACAUCAGAAUCUGCAGAAGAGAGCACGGUCAAUUCUGCCCGUCAACGACGUCGCAGCGAUUCCGAAUUUGCUCGUCACCGUGACCUAGGUUCAGGUGCUGCAAGACGCAACGGUGUUGUUGAGCCUGACAAUGCAGCGGCGCCAUCGGGCGGCCGCAGCUGGCUGAUAUAUGUAGUGGGGACGAAUCUGUCUGAAAACCAUCCGGCUUUUGCAACACCAAGCCUUUUCACUGAUAAUCCCACCUAUGAAGACAUGAUUCUGCUCUCUUCUCUGUUGGGUCCGGCGAAGCCACCUGUUGCUUCUCAAGAAGACGUCUCCUCAGCAGGCGGAUUGUUCCGCCUAGUUGAGUACGGCGGCACCCUGAUGGCUGAGGCGGAAGGAGGUAGCGGCGCUCCGAGCAUUCCGAUUGCUGAGAAUGAGCGAUGCCUGAUCUGCCUGAGUGAUUAUGAAGCAGCAGAGGAGCUCAGACAGCUCACGUCUUGCAAACAUCUCUAUCACAAAGAUUGCAUUGACGAGUGGUUGACAACCGGGCGAAAUUCAUGUCCUCUCUGCAGAGGUCAGGGAGUCUCUGAGUCCUCUAAUGGCGCUCACAGUAAUCCAGUGCAGGAAGCUGCUGCUUAGGCCAAUCACCAAUGGUCGAACGGCUCAGGAGCCGCCA